UAUGAAUGAAAGAAUCCCACCUCAGAGAGCAGCGAAGUCAUUCCGGGAAAAGGCGGACUGACAUUUUGUCGCUUAGAGGCAGUGGUGAAAUUGUCACAUUUCAGAACUACGCAGCCACUGAAUAGUUUUUUUUGCGAGUCGAUCCCAACAAGAACGGAGGAAGCGUAAUCAUCGGGAAUUCGCUAAAUAACCCAAGGACAACGGCAGGCGCCAAGCGAACGCUUUUGGACAGUUGGCAGUGUGUUGACAGGAGGAAGUGUUGCUUAGGACACCUGCUUUGAGCAAGCAAAAGGCCAAAAAGCCAUGAGUGUCUGAAUCUGUGCUGACUGGUUCUUGGGGGCGGGGGGUAACCCGAGGAGAGUGGGAUCAUGACGACAGAGAGAAACAGCAAAGCCCUGAAGGUGAAGCAGGAAUGUGGCGAGAACGUGCCCUUCCUGUCAGACAGCGAACUCAUGUCACUGUCGGUGCGGGAGCUCAACCUGCAUUUGCGGGGCAUGUCCCGCGAGGAGAUCCAGAAGCUGAAGCAGCGCAGACGCACCUUGAAGAACCGGGGCUAUGCAGCCAGCUGCCGGGUCAAACGGGUGUCCCAGCGCGAAGCUCUGGAACAGCAGAAGAUGGAGCUCCAGAGGGAAGUGGACCGGUUGGGGGCCGAGAACGCCGGCAUGAGGAAAGAGCUGGAGGGCCUGGGCGCUCGCCUGGCCGCGCUGCAGAAGUUCGCCAGGGGCCUGGAAGCCGGCGGGGGCAACCUGUUGGCCACCGCGCCGCGCCUUAACACUGCCUCCGUCAUCACCAUCGUCAAGAGUCCGGCGCAGCCUCCGCCGCAGAGGGACCACGAAUCUCCCUAGGCUCUAUAAACUGACUGAUGGGCUGUGAGACAUACACACACGUACGUAGACAUCCGCAAACAUACACAAGAACAAUAUUGGUAGGAUGAGACAAAAAAAAAAAAACAUCAAUGCUGUACCCACAUGCAGGAGUUAUCAUGGUGUGACAUCAUCAAGGACCAGCCGAGCUUCUUUCUCAGUUGAAGUGCUUGCUACUUAAUAAUUGGCGAAUGUUCACUUUAAAGAAAUUUUUUUUGCGUGGUUAGAAUGUACAGUACUGUGCAAAAGUCUGAAACCGAUCACCGCUCGUCCGUCAAUGACACAUUCCCUAACACCAGGGGUCGCCGACCUUUUUGAAAGAGUUAUUUCUUGGGUACUGAUCAUCGCGAAGGGCUCCCAGUUUGAUACGCACUUCUGAAAUGCUCAAAUUACACCAGUCAAGAGCACAUUUUAGUCCAAGAUGACUUUUUUGUCUUGUAGUGUAUUUAUGAUGCUGAUUUCAAAUGUAUCAUUAAUUUUUUCAGGUUUUUGAGAUAUUUUUAUUUUUUGUUUUUAAGCUUGAUCUCUAGAAAUGAGCGACAAUUUGAGACAGAAGAACAUCAAUAUAAAAGAUUUUAUUUCUAAAAAAAUUGAAAAAUUAUUUUUUACAUUUUCAAACAAUAAUUUGUAUAAAUAUUCCUCGAAAAUCACAAUGUCCCAAUCAUUGGUUAGCUAUUUUUAGAAAGGGUUACUCAUGUGGUUCUUGGGGACUUUUUGGCGCCACAGAAUGACCCCUGCCUAACACUCUUUUUGACAGGGUAAAAUAUUACAGAGGAAAGUAGUACAAUGAACCUACAAAAAUCAGUGUUUUGGAGUUUCCAUAUUUGAAGAGUUUUUUUUUGGGGGGGGGGGGGUUUCACCCAUUUUUAACUUUAAAAAAAAAUCACCUUUGUGUGCUUUGGCCAAAACUGGCUUUGGUGGGAUUCUGGCACUGAAGUGAGUUGAGGAGCUUCAUUUUGACAAAAUAAACAGUCCUUUGCUGCUAUUGUGAGGCAUCUAUUGCGGGUGGUGUUAAAUACUUGCAGAUGUUUACUAUUUUACUCCUGUAAAUGGUCAACUUAAUUCUUUGAACCAUGUUUCAAUCAACGGCUAAAAUAUAAUGCAACUAGAUCUGAUUGAUUUUACUUGUAAAUCCUGCACUGUGAAGCCGACGUGCUAACCAGUCGACCGCCGUCCCGCCCACCCCCUUUAAUCCCAAUUUUGACAAAUGAAAAUUGAAACAAGGCCAUGAUGGCAAUGCCGAAACAAGACUUUUCCAUAGUACUGUACACCGGUCAAACUAACUGAAGCCAAGCCUUGCUGACUGUUGGCAGCUUAAGCACAAUCCGACUGUCACCGGUGCCGUUUUAGGCGACCGAAAGGGCGAAGCUUCCUCCGCUUCUGCUUUUUGGGAACGUGACCAAAAAUUAAAAAAAAAACAAAAAACCACGAAUUAAAAAAAAAAAACACACCAAAACUUUGCAGUUAAGCUUCCCCCCGUGGUUCUACAAACUUCUGCAUUCCAGGUUAUUUUUGUUUUCUGUUACCGCUACCCUUAAUGGAAAAACAGGGUCGUGAGAGGCUUAUAUGUCCCGUAAUAUGUAUUCAAAGCAGAAUAUAUUUACAAUUGUUGCUGGGGUUGAUUUUUUUUGGAACUCCUGCUUUGAGGAUAACUUGAUGUUCAGGGUUUGUACACCGACGCAGUGCCUUCAGUGCGUGUGGGAGGUAUCAAACCAAAACUGCUGACCGUCCAUCACACUUUUUUUCCCCCUGUCUUGACUAUACUAGCAUACGACGUACUCGCCCGACAGUUCCUACCGUGCAGUAACGAUUCUGCUACGCGUUUGCAGUGUGGCUCGCCCGCCGCCGGUGGGACAGGCUGAAAGCCCCCCCAGCGCGAACGAGGACUGCUCGACUCCCCAACACACUGUUGGUCUUUUUGUUUAGCUCAAAACACGGCGACUCACUCCGCCCACAUUCCUCUUGACGUGUUCUUAUUUGUAAUGUUUGUCUGUGCCGUCAAUACGCCAAUGUUGAGUGACAUUUAUCAGAGAUAUAUUCUAUAUUUUAUUUGUAUUUAAAAGUAGAUAUUUUGACAAGACAAGCUAACUGAGUGCUGUGACGUUAUGUAUGUUUUCAGUACUUCCAUAGUUUUGGGGGGGGCGGGGAAUAUUUUCAUGUCUAAUUGUAUUGUGUGACAACGAUUCCUACUUCACGAAAUGUUUAAUUAUUAGCGAUGUAGAAAUAUGCUCAAAGCCAUUGGACAUGUUGCUGUGUGAUGAUUCGUGCACGUCUGUUUUUUGCCAUAUUUGUACUGGAUUGCCAUAGUGGAUUCUUGGAGGGAUUUUUUUUUUUUUU